GCUAGAAGAGUUUAGGUAUUGUGAGUUGGCUUUUGAGAAGCAGGGAGAAAGUCAUGCUCUCACCUGAGUGCACACUAUGCUGAAGAUGUAAUGGGAAUCAUUUUAUCACUGCUCCUUAUUUUCCGUUUAGGAGGACAUGGCUGCUCACGUGGGAGCAUCCCGAACACCUCAGGAAGUGAUGGAGCACUACGUGAGCAUGUAUAUCCAUGGCAACCUGGGAAAAGCCUGCAUCCCUGACACUAUUCCGAACAGGGUAACGGAUCACACGUGUCCCAGCGGCGGCCCGCUUUCUCCCAGCUUGACCACGCCGCUCCCCCCGUUGGAUAUAUCGGUGGCCGAACAGCAGCAGUUGGGAUACAUGCCACUCCGGGAUGACUACGAGAUCGAAUACGAUCAGGACGCGGAGACUCUGAUCAGUGGCCUUUCGGUGAACUAUGACGACGAUGACGUGGAAAUAGAGUUAAAAAGAGCUCAUGUAGACAUGUAUGUAAGGAAACUCAAGGAGAGGCAACGGCGGAAGAACAUUGCACGAGACUAUAACUUGGUACCAGCCUUUCUGGGGAAGGAUAAAAAGGACAAGGAGAAAGCUCCCAAACGAAAGAUCACAAAAGAAGAGAAGGAGUUAAGGCUGAAACUGAGGCCUCUGUACCAGUUCAUGUCUUGUAAGGAGUUUGAAGACUUCUUUGAGAACAUGCAUAAAGAGAGGAUACUUAGAGCAAAGAUUCGGGAGUUGCAGCGGUAUCGUCGAAAUGGAAUCACCAAAAUGGAAGAGUCGGCAGAAUACGAGGCAGCCAGGCACAAACGGGAAAAGAGGAAGGAGAACAAAAACAUAGCUAGUUCCAAGAGAGGGAAGGAAGAUGGUAAAGAAGGUGAAUUUGCUGCCAUUGAAAACCUGCCUGGCUUUGAACUCUUAUCGGACAGGGAAAAGGUGCUCUGCAGCUCUCUAAAUUUGAGUCCUGCACGUUAUGUGACAGUAAAAACUAUAAUCAUUAAAGACCAUCUCCAAAAAAGACAAGGAAUUCCUUCAAAGAGUCGCCUUCCCAGUUACUUAGAUAAGGUACUGAAGAAAAGGAUUUUAAACUUUCUAACAGAAAGUGGUUGGAUAUCCAGGGAUGCUUCAUGAAACUCAGCUGAUCUGAAAAAACGCAGCAGAGGCCCAUUAUAGCCUCAAGGACUCCAUUAUUUUUUUUCCUUCCCUCCCCAAAGAUACAGAAAUUAUGUUACUUAAAAACAACAAAAAAAAGAAAAUACAUAAAUCCCGACAGUAUUCAUGAUCCAUGGUUCAAAUAGACUUCUGCUUUGGAUCAUGGAAAGUACUUAAUUGUGAAACUUCUACAUUGGAUUUCACUGCUUUUGGCACAUUACUAGAACAGAUUUCUUCCAUGUGAACUUACUCAAGUCCAGUAGUCCCAGAGUAGUUACUUUACUCCUUACUAUUGGACAAAUGAGUAUCAGUGUAAUCCUUGCUUUUCUUUAAGGUGGGAGAUAGUUUCAUUUGCUGGAAACUGUCUUCUCCCUUUCUUUCAUUUUUUGGUGUAAUGCUGGCAGCAAAGUGAAGCUUACAAAAGUCCUGAGCGCAGGAGCAGGGUGAGCAAGGACUUUUGUGACCAUUGCUAAGCUUUCAGAACAUUCUCCUUAGUAACUACAGCCAAGGUGCUGGGACAGCGGGGUGAGUUUCUGUCGAGAAUACAGCAAGGAUUAGCCAUGGCAGGGAGUGGAAGGAAAGAAAUGUGGUAGGUGAGAUGCCUUCAGGUACUUGUGCUGUGGAAAGGGUUCUUGAAGAGCUACCUGCACACCCAGCUGAUCCGGACAUAGCUUUGACUUCAGUCUUUGCUGAAACAGGCUCUGCUGAAGCUUCGAUGCUAACUAAUUAGUAGCAGAGUUGCAGGGGUGCAUGGCAGCUGUGGUGCUCUGUUCCAGAGGAAGGGUCAGCACUACUGUGAAGUGGCUGUUUGGGGCUAGAAAUGGGGUUUGGGAAAAUAGGCAGUGAGUUGUCUUGUAGCCGUUGGGAGCCUCAGGCAGCAAAAUCACUGUUUCUUGUCAGGGGAAGUUACACCUUCAUUGGCAUCUGUAACUUCUGAGCUUGUAUGGGAUGAGGAGGUGUAGCUGCCAAAUCCUGAAACUGAUUGGGAGGGACAGGGAAAAAGAGCGGAAUUCUCAAGUGAAGAGCGAACACCAAGACUGGUUUUUAAAAACAAAAAUGAGAGGUGAUAGAGAUUAGGUCAAGAUGCACAGCUAAUGUGCUUCUGAAGUACAGAGCUGUAAAUCGAGCCAUUACUGGAUUCUGGUGGCACAUAACCUUGAAACGUACUGGACUAAACACACUGAAGUUGAAAUGACUGAUGUGGCAGAAGGGUGACUGCAGCCCACUGCAGGGGGAACAGUGCACCUGGAGAGGGAACUCGUCACGACUCUGACUAGUCUGAGAUGAUGAUUUAACACAGCGUGUGGCAGAAACGCCAGACCCACAGCACUGUUCUAGUAAGAUUAAGGGAAAGAUGUUGAAGGAGGACUAGAAAAGAUUUUAAUGCUCAUUUCAUCCUUAAAUUCCCGUGCUGGUAUUUAACCAAAUGAAUAAAAAAUGGUGGUUGCCAUGUGGAAGACAGCACAGUGUUACUUGUGCUUAAGCCUCUCUGCUGGUCGUGUCUGGAGAGGGAAGCUGUGGCCGGAGGCCAGCUGGGCAGGUCUUCUGGAGCACAGAUGUGCCAAAACAUGGAACUUGACUGGCUUCAGAACAAGUGCAAGCACUGCAAAUGUCACCUUGGCUUGAUGCUUUGGGCUGUAGUCAGUAAGGAUACUUAAAACAGUAUCAAUUCUGCAACUUGGCAGAGGUAUACUGAUCAGAACUGGGUUUUAGUUAAUACAUCCAGCAUUACCAAACUAGUGUUACCAGUGAGUUUAGAAUAAAAGGGGUACAAUUACAAAGCCAGCAUUUCUAAGGAAGAAGAAACCAAAACUCUAGUGCCUUUUUCUUGUGAGCUUGUGAUGUUAUGUCCCUUCAAAAAGGUAAGGGCUAUGUCCUCUCGGAUGUAAUGCUUUGUUUGGCUUACCUGUAAGUGGCUUGUUGUGGAAUACUUGAGACAAAACUGUCUCUCCUUGGCAGCAGUGGUACGAACUGCAAUGUGCUGAGUAGCUUUAAGAACCACUUCCACCCUAUAUGCAUGUACAAACAGCAUACAAGUUCAUAAGGUAUAAACCCUUGGUUAUUUUCUGUCCUACUCCUGUGGAAAGGAAGCUCAGCCUUUCUUUCUUGUAUUCGAGUUAUGCAAUUUGGUUCUUCCUGGAACUUGUUACCUAACUGCUAUAACAUACCAUUACUGAUAAGUGUUCUGGAUCCUCAACUCUGCAUGUAGCUGAGAGUUUAAAUUGAUUUGGGUUUUUUUAUUUUUUUUCUCAAAUCUGUGAUUUUUAUAUUUCUACACUGUUUUGGCACACCUAAGUCUAACUGAAGCAAUAGUCUAAAGCCCAUCUGAACAAUAACUUAAAAAAAAAAUCUAGGCACCUAUGAGUCAUUUAAUGUUGAAGUGAAUUCUGCAUUUAAACUUUGUAGUUUAACUCCUCAGCCCCUCCAAAAUGUUUCUUUGGUGCUAGACGUAACUUAUUGAACAUCAAAAUGAAUGUAAAAUAAAGUAUUUUUAAUGUAUGAAAUAUGGAUAUCAAUAUUUAUUUUAUACUUGCAAGCAAAUUCAAGGUGGUAAAUGUUUGCUUUAGCAAAUACUAGUCCCUUGGAAAGGGCUUCCCUAGAAGCAAUGUCUCAUUGUCAGCUAUGCUUUUAAUUUUAAAGGUGACUUGCACUAGAGGAUGCUGCUGUUCCAUAUUUUCACAUGGAACUGAUCUCGUCUAAGCAUUCCUUUGUUAUGAGCUGCUGUUUUUUUGUUUGUUUUUAAGUUGAGAUGCAGUUAUGUUAAUCCAGCAAUUUACUAGAGCUAACUGCUUCUCUUUUGUGUUGAAGGGGCUGAAAAAAAACAUGGCAAAGAGCUCUUCAACUUGUAUCUUGUGUUGAUCUGGAAGCGCUUCCUGUACUGUACAAAUAACCUCGCCUUCAUGUUGCUAAUGAAAAGGUGUUUUAUAUGCUUAAUGCUCUUGACUUUUCUAAUUAAAGAUAUUACUAAUGAUAG